CUCGACUCCAAAUUCCGUCAAAUCCCCCGCUAUUACACUUCAAGACACAAAAACAACCAACCACGCUUUACAUCACUGUAUAUACGCGCGAGUGAGCAUUGACUACCGCUAUUCGACCAGCACUGCGGGGCAAGGCGUCCAGCUCGCAACUUACCAACCGCGCAAUCAGAGAGUCCAAGUCAGACAGACACAACCACCGCCGCCGAAACAACACCACGAGCGAAUCCAACAACACGGCCAACCGCAAGAAUGGCAGAACCCAACACCCUCUAUCAAUACUCGCUCCUCAACGCCCUCAUGCACGGCAUCAGCACCACAGGCCCCACCCUCUCGGAAGUCCUCAAGCACGGCGACCACGGCCUCGGCACCAUCACCCACCUCAACGGCGAAAUCGUCAUUAUAAACGGCAAGGCCUACCACUUCCCGCCAGACUACACAAACCUGCAGCCUCUCUCGCCAACAGAGCAAAUGCCCUUCCUGAUGAUCACGCGCUUCGAACCCACCCUCACGAAGCGGCUGUCUGCCCCGCUCUCGAUGAAUACCCUCGAUAAAGCGCUUGCGCCGCUCCUUCCGACUAAGCAGAAUCAUUUUAUCUCGGUGAAGGUUGAGGGCGCGUUCAGCGUUGUGCGGUGUCGGUUUGUCCCUGCGCAGGAGAGGCCGCGGCAGUCGCUGAAGGAGCUGGGACAGCGCGUGUCGCCGGUUGAGUUUCGCGAUGUGAGGGGGACGCUGUUUGGGUUCUGGUCGCCGGAGUAUGCGAAUGGGUUUAGUGUUGCGGGGUUUCAUUUGCAUUUCGUGGCGGAGGGGGGCGAGAAGGGCGGUCAUGUUACGGGGUUUGAGGUCGAUGAUGAGGUGGUGUUGGGCGCGGCUGCUAUUAAGGAUUAUAGGGUUGAGUUGCCUGAUUCGGAGGAGUUUCAGGAGGAGGUUGUUACGAAUGCGCAGGCGGCGGAUUUGCAUGCUGUUGAGGGGGCUAGACAUUAAACCUUUUGAAUGUUUUUCUUUUUGGGUAUGGGUAUGGUGUGGUUAUGGUACAUUAUACGAAGAUGAAGAUCAUGAUGAUUAUCAUAUGUACAGUUGCAUGCAUUAUUUCUGG